UUGGUAAUGCUUGAAUGAUUGUGUUUUCAGUCAUAGUACAAUUUUGAUCCAUUGAAAAUUAUAGACGCCUACUUAUUAAUAUAAUUGAUGGAUUUCACCGAUUGCAAUGAAUACAAAGCAUGAAAAUUAUUGUAAAAUUUUCUCAUACUGAUAUAUCAUUUAUUAUUAUUAAACAUAAUAUUUUAUAUACCAGUUAGGGAUUAUUUAAAUAAAUAAAUAGAGAAUAACAAUAUAUAAAAUAAUAGAAAAUAUAUUUAAUCAUGUACUAUGUCCCAAAUCCCAAUAGUAAAGUUACAAUAAUUUUUACUACCUAUCUCUUUCUCUCAAUCUCACUUAAGGGUAACUUUUGUCUCGCUUCCUCAAUAUUUCUUUGAUUCAUAAUGAAGUAAUUUUUAUUACAAAUAUUUAUUAUUAAAAUACACUCAUUUUAUUUUAAUAUUAGGCGGUUGUAAAUCACAAUAAUGUGAUGUUUAAUUAAGCAAUUUUAUAAAACCAAGCAUUAUAAUUCUAAUUUCUAUUUUCGAACGAAUCCAGUGUGAAUGAACUGUCAAAUAUGCCGUGAAGUUAGCUCCUGUCUGGAUUCUGUUGAAAUGUGUACGUGUGCGUUACAUGUUCACUAGUGUGCUACAUUUUUAUUAGUGUGUGCUGUCUGUGAAAGCGGCUUUUUGAAGCCGGGGUUUGCUCAUCGUUGUUUGAGGCGCCGCGCGGUCGGUCGCCUGGCUGUUUACACCGCGCUACCUACGACCUCAUGCCUCAAAUCGUUUAGUAAAUUGAAAAAAAAAAUGGACAUGUUGCAUUCUUAAUUUGAAUUUAUACAAAACGUGCUUAGUUUAUGUGAUGAAAAUGUGUGUACGCUCCGUUUUACUCAUCCUGCUUGUGUCCGGUGUCUGGUUUUUAGCUGCAUCGGACGAUAUCGGUCAUCAUUCCGGGCAUAGGAUCCGGGCUCACAAACCUAACAGGAGACAUCGGGCUGCUAAUGAUGGCACUCUUCACUUCGAGCCAGUGCCCUACAACAAGAAGCUGCUAGAAUUAAACACUUCGGGCAAGAUUCAUUGUAAGGUCGCGGGCGGCGUCUCACCAACUGUUACCUGGUAUUUGAACUCAGAGGACCCUCUCCCUGAAGGAGUGACUUCAUCCAACGGCACCCUCAUGGUGACCGAAGCGUCGCGACGGCACGCAGGACUCUACACUUGCAAGGCGAUCGACGGCGAACAUACUAUCACUGCUAACAUCACUUUGGACAUCGUCGUAUCUCCUCGGGUAAUAGAGCCAGCAUCAGGACAGACAGUGGAAGCGCCGCUGGGACAGACGGUGGUGCUCAACUGCAUCGUAAGCGGUGACCCGCCUCCCACCACGCACUGGGACAGGAACCUUACCAUCCUUCAGAAACCACAAGACGGAGUCGAUGUUGAAAAUAGCGUCAACGCUUCUUUUGCUAGACUGCUCCUGUUGAACAACGGUUCGUUGAUGAUCAGGAACGUGUCUGCGCAGCACGCGGACCGGUACGGCUGCACGGCCGGCAGCGCCGCAGGACUCGCCAGGAACGAGCUCACCCUCCUCGUUGUGCAUCAUGUGCAAGAAUCAAGCGGAGUCGCGGGCAAAGCUGUUGUUGUAUCGAUAUCCGUGGCGGGAGCGUACAUGGUGCUGGUGCUCGCGCUGAUGGUCUACUGCAGGAGACGAAGAUUGCGAAGGAGGCAGAGAGGUGAAAAAAUGGAGUUGGAGAUGGUAGACGGUCGCGAGAAGCUUGUGGAAGAGUGCGAAGACGACAAGGUGAAAGUGAACGGUGUGCCCGCGCAAAACGGCAGGCUGCUGCCGCAGGAGAAGGACAGUGGUCCGGAUAACUCCGAAGUGUCAGCAGUAUCGCGAGCGUCCAAAAAAUCAGGACAAUUCGACCGUCUGUCCGUACCGCGGAGUUUGAUCGUCGAACAAAUCGUAUUAGGCCGAGGCGAGUUUGGUGAAGUAUCCUUGGCUAAAGUUGAUAUCUGUCAAGUCAAAAAGCUUCGGAACCACGAAGUUACCGACACCGAGCCGAAGUUGAGACCAGUUUUAGUCAAAGUUCUCACUACUAAAGAUGAGGUACAACUUACGGAAUUCCGUCGUCAAUUGGAUUUAUUCAGUCGCGUAAAACACGCCAAUAUCGUGCGACUUAUUGGACUCUGCAAUGAAUCUGAGCCUCACUGUAUGCUACUGGAACAUACUGACUGGGGCGACCUGAAGACGUUCCUGGUGGCGACGCGCACGGCGGAGGAGGCGGCGGAGUACGAGUCCCGCGUCGGGCGCCCGCAGGCGCGGCCCGCGGCGCGCGGCGGCUCCGCGGCGCUGUCGGCGCAGCAGGCGGCCGUGCUGAGCGCGCAGCUCGCGCACGCCGCGCGCGCGCUCGCCGCCGACCGACUCACGCACCGGGACAUAGCGGCUCGCAACUGCGUGAUCUCAUCGAAGCUCCACCUGAAGCUGUCUCACGCGGCCCUCACCCGCGGACCCGAUUCGCACGAAUACUAUAAAAUGCACGACCAGGUGAUACCGUUGCGUUGGCUGCCACAAGAAGCGGUCAUGGAGGGCGAGUACUCCACCAAAUCUGAUGUCUACAUGUUCGCUGCAACUGUUUGGGAGAUCUACACAAAAGCCGAGCUGCCGUUCGCGAAGCUGAACGAUAACUCAGUGCUGGAGCGACUCAAGGCUGGUACACUCGAGUGGACCAUACCCGCCACCAUGCCCGAGGCUUUGGGGUCGUUGCUCAAACGUUGCUGGAGCAAGUCUCCAUCAGAGCGGCCUCACUUCGCAGAUAUAUGCGAAGAAGUAAACUCUAUACUGCAAGAAAUAACUUCGGAUGAUUCGGAGAAAAAAUCUCAGAAGGAGGACGAUGAGAACUAAGUUUUGGAGAUAUUAAAGUGCAUUCAGUAGAUGUGUACCAAAAAUGUCAAUGAAUAUCCAUUCUUCUUAUACCAGCACAUCAUGGUGAUUCCACUGCUCCUGAUGGUAGUCCAAACAGAGUGUCGACUGACGGGAGAUGAUUAUCCCACGUUAGUCGACAAAAUUAUGCCGGCCUGUUUGAAGCCGGUUGUACACAGGCUGAUCCCGGAAGGUGACACACUAAUGUGACAUAUUGCGGGGAAAUAAUUCCUUUUUGGGUCUUGUUGGAUCUCUCUUGUGAAUUAAAAUAACUCCAAUUAUAUGGGCAUACUGAGAGGCCAACAUAAUUGUGGCGAUUGGCAAUGGAUAAUCAUAGCUCGUCAGUCAACACUAUCUGAACCCUACUUCACUUACCAUCAGGUACAAUGAGUUCACUUUGUCGUGUCCAUACAAAAAAAUCACAUGAUUUUCUUUUAAGUUUAAAGUAAAGCCUUCCACCAAAUCUACAUACAUUAAUGAUUCGAAUUUGAAAUAAAAAGUCUUCUAAAUUUUGACAUUUAUUUAUUAGUAAAAGCAUAAAUAGCCAACUUCUAUUGUAAACGCAAUAAACAUAAUAAAUAAAUAGGUAAAUGAUUGUUUAAAUUUUUGGUACACAACUGGUGACUGCACUUUAGUUCUUGUGUGGGACAUUGCAAUGGAUAUAAGUUAAUUCGUUUAUCGUUUCGCUUUGAAAAGUUAGUGUAGGUUUCUUAGAGUUAAGAACUAUUUAUAAUUUAGUGUCACGUAUGCUAAAGUAUUCUUUAUAAAUAUUUUUUGUAUACCCACCAUAUUUUUAUUUUAUAAUUUUGUUUUUAAUUUAAUUUUGUCUUUUGGAUUAUCUUUUAAUUGUGAGAUGGGUUGGCUCGCAUCUCAAGUCCUUAAACAGUAAAGUUAUUUUAGAGUAGCAAGGUCUCGCGGCAAUAUGUUGCGCAAGAUUUUUCAAAUGCGUUUCCACUAGCUGCAAUAUUGCUGUAUAUAUACAUGCGACUUGCCGCAAGUUAUGCGAGCUUCAAAGCAAGUCACAUUGUUUACACGAUAAAAUCGCUCAUGGAAGUAGACUUCUGCAAGUUUUCUUGCAGAACAGAUUUUAUGUCGAUGUAAUAAUAAUACUUACAUUUAUCAAUCUUCGCUAUUUCGCUAACUUUGUAACUCUGAAACAUUGAAUAUAAACUAAUUAGAGGAAAAUAUGUAAGCGACUUAAAACGUCUUACCGAAAUCGAGAAAUUUGUUGUAUUUUUCUCUCUAGAGACGCAUUUUUUAUUUUAGAAUUCGUGUCUAAAAAAAAGAACUUCUCAUUAAAGGUUAUUUAAGUUAAAAUGUAAGUCUUAUACAGGGUCACUUUGACAUCGCGUUACUAAAUGAAACCACAUACUUAUCUACUUUGAAAUGACAUUGCAAUAAGUUACUUGAGCUAUAGACGUAAAAUAAAGUGUAAGUUUCGAACAAAAUAAAUAUUAUUAAAAAGUAAUUUUAAUUUUACGCGCCCUGAAGCCUCUACUACGCUAAGAGAAUUUGUUGCAGCGGCAUCAUACUUUCUGUCAGAAAUACACUUACGCACAAGUCAUAUUUGCAUUAAACUACAAAAUGGUCGAGAAAUCAGAAAACAAAAAUCAGGAUUUUUGGUAAAAAUAUUUGUUAUUAAUGGAUGAUUUUUGGCACAAUGUCAGCAAAGGUGAAGACGAGUAUGUGGUUUCAUUUAGUAACAAAAUGUCGAAAUGACAUUGUAUAAGUGUUUAAUAUUGCCUAUAUUUUUGUAAAGUCAUAAUUCCCAGUGCUACAUUAAUUAUCUAUAUUAAGUCUUGAUUGGACGGAGGCAGUUUCUUGCUGCAAGUUUUUUGAGGCAAGUCUCGGCCAUUAAUGCAGCCAUGAUUGUAGUUAGGUGGGAAAAUUGCCUCGUCUGAUUGAAGGUUUACUUAUUUCUUUAUCCCUAAGGUUUAUUUAUUAAACUAUACUUAAGUGCCAGUAAGUUAACAUUAUUUUUUGUAUUAUAAACUGAAUUAAGUUAGGUAUAUUUUAUAAUCUAUUAUGUGUUUUUUUUAUUUCUGUAUAGGUAUCUUAUAUUUAUAUAGUACUUAAGUUAUUAGGCGUAGCAUAGAUGAAGAUGAGUUACGUAUUUUUGCCAUUUUCUUAAGUACAUGUAAUCUCAAAGCCAUUUUCAGAAAAGUGGUUCUCACGUCUUCCGCUAGAUGUCAUUAUAUUAAAGAUACUAAAAAUCAUUCUAUCAUUGUCUCUAAGAUUACAAUUAAAAGUUUAAUAUUGCCAAACAUCAAAAGGUAUUUAAUAAUAAAUGUCAUACAAUUUUUGAUAUUUUUCCAUCAUUAGUUAAAAUAUAAAAACAAAUAUCCGUAAAAAACUAUGAUAAUGGCAAAAAUACAUAAAACACCGUAGUUUUAAGUUAGUUGAUAAGAAAUGCCGUAAGCUAAAUAAUACUGCCACUUGUAAAUAAUGAGAUUAGGUGUAAGACUGAUAGUGUUAAACAGAGCGCGGUCGUCCGAAAUUCUCUCGAACUGUAACGUCCAGAUCGAAUCGAAAUUCUAGGUUAGGUUAGGUUAGGUUAGAAUGUAAGGCUGCUAACCUUGUGUGCUCAAUGUCUCAAAUUUUUUACUGAAUUUAUGUGAUUUUUUUUAUAAAACUUUUUUGUUUCUAUGCUAUAAAUUACUAAUCCAUGAUUGCGAAAAUCAAUAUUGAAAUUUCUCUUUAAUUUUUUUUUAAUCUCUGCGAAGUCGUUCUGUAUUUUUUUAUACGGAACGCAAAUCUAGUAUUAAGUGUACAUUAUAAAGCGACCAGAAAUUGCAUUUAUAGGUUAAGUACUAACAAAUGAUUGUUUUGGUUGACAUAUUGUUGUCGAUUAAACUUUUGCAAAGAUCCUCUUUUAAUGUCAACUGUCAAGUCAACGGCUCUGCGCUUUGAAUUUGAAUCGAUGAAUCGCGUAUUUUAAGUCCUAAGGAUCUGUUUUAAAAACGCAAGAUUUAUACGAAGGUACAUAGGUCUACCAAGGAGGUACUAAUGAUUUAUGUUUACGCGAAUGUUACACAUUAAAAUUAAACUACGUAUUUCCCGGAUUUUAUCGCGAUUAAUUUUAAGGAGGUACUUAGGAGGUAUUUUUAAAUGUAGGUGUUAUACGGAAGAUAAUACACCUACAAUAAUAAUACUGAAUAGGAAGGACACCUUACACUUUUUCUAUUAUGUUUUCCAAAGCUUAUUUAUCGGUGAUGUUAGCAAUGUCGAGUAACAGAAGAUACAUAACAAUAAAUACGUAUGUCUAAUAAAAAAGUUCUCGCCAUAUAAUAAAAAAAACCUUAAAUUAUUGCUAAUCGGCAACAGUGUGUCAAACUGAAGUGAUUUUCAUUAAAAUCUCAUAGGCUAAGUGUGUAUUGAAGACUGGAGAUCUCUUGACGUGUUUACGCAAUAAACUAGUUUAAGUUGUGUAAGAUUUAUCGAGCUUUGUAUAUAAAAUUGUUUUUUAAGUUUACUGUCAUUUUUAAUCUGAUUUAUUAUUUUUAAAGAUUACCGCGUUGAAAUACGUUUAUGACUCGAUAAACAAUAAAAACAAUCGAUUUUGUGUUUACAGUCGAUUUGAAAAACUAAUUUACUUAUAUAAUAUAUUUUAAGUAAGUUUUUAAUUUAAAGUAAGUUUUUGUUUUUUCUUAUUCAACAGAGUUAUUUCUUGUUUCUAAUCGAUUUUGUUUACAAAUCUCGUCUAAUGUCUAUGUAGUUUAUCGAUACGUGAAUUGAAUUAAUUUAAUUAUCCAAACGUUAAUGUAGUUUAGGAUUUAAAUAGGUGAUGACAUAGUUGGCAUUUCGGUUUUAUCAAUAUAAAGUGUAGUACGAUAUUGGAAAUAAAACGUGAAAAAUAUUUUGAAUAUACUAUACACCUCCGCUUUUCGCAGAAAGCCAGAUCAAUAAACAACUUAGUAAUCAUAAAAAAAUUAUACAUUCAACUCCAUGAAUCACUCCCACUAUGACUCCUAAAUUCAUUCAAUUUAUCAGCAUUAAAAACCUGUCUUCCAUAACAUCUUCCAAUAAAAAUACCUAUUUUUAUAAACCACUGUUCGCUCACAAUAAUCACCAAAACUCCUCCUUAAUAUUGUUUAACAUAUCGAUACUAUCGUGACUUUAUAUCGAUAUAAUCGAAUGCAGUAAGUAGCUUUUUAUAUGAUUCUAGAAUACGGUAGAUAAUGAAUAGGUUGGUUUUAAACCAACAGUAGUUUUAAGUUAAUUAGUGCCAGAAAUGUAGGCUACAUAAUGUGGAAUUUGAAUGUACGUUAUCCAUUAACGAUUGUCGAAAUUAUCGAUAUAAGUAGUAAAUAUUCAAAGUAAUAACAACCUGACGUAUAAGGUUUUUUAAGUCAGAUUCGUUAAACGCGUUGUCGAAGUUAAAGCUUUGGCGAUAUUAAAAAUGGAUAACGUAUAUAUUUAGAAUAAAUAACUUGUCAAUUUUAUAAAGGAAUCUUGUAAGGUUUUAUUUAGCCCACCCGUAAAGACUAGUUUUACUGUUUUGGGGCUGGCAGAGGUCAUAAGGCGAGUUCAAAUAAAAAAAAAUACAAUAGUAUCGCUAGUUACUCUGAUUUUUCGAUAAUUUAUAUUUAAAUACAACAGAACUAAUAUCGAUACUUUUUAUCGAUAUGGUAUUUUAUCGAUAAACAGAUCCGCCUCGCCUAAUGCUAUGUCCCUUUUAAAAGUCGCAUUUUAAGUUCCUGUAUUAAUUGUAUACGUUUUUGUACUUUUAUAAAAAUAUAGUAAGAUAAUGUGGAAUUAUGUACAACACGUUAUAUGUAUCCAUAAAUCACGAAUAAUAUUGUUUAUCUAAUAUAUCUGCAUCAAUAAAAUAAAUAAAU